CGUAGCACGCUUGGUUUGGUUGCGUGAAUUCCAGCAGCUGGCUGUCCUGUCAUAGGUGCAGGUUGCUAUGCGCAAGCUCAACUUUCAAACUGUGGCGCUUCUAACUUUUCUUUAGUAGUUCGUGUUAUUAUGCGCUAUUGUAAAUAUGGUUGAAGGGCCAGGGUGUACACUGAAUGGAGAGAAGAUCCGCAGCAGGGUUCGAAAGGGGCAGUUAGUAAAGGAUGUUAGAGGCACUGCUGUUUCCGUUCGGACUCCACCAGCAAAUGGAGAAAGAAUUGCUGCUUGUCGGGAUUCUUUUGGAUCGCUGAAAGGAAAUGUAUUCUGUGGGGUAGAAACCCUUGGGAAAGAGCUCUUUCUUUACUUUGGGAGCAUUGCAUUAAGAGUUCACUUUGGCAUGAAUGGCUCUAUUCGCAUUAAUCCUGUUGAAAAGAACAAAAAAAGUGGGACUUUACCUAUUCUAGAAGUUCAUCUCACUGUGGAUGCGAUUUUCUUCUUUGACGCCUCAGUAGAGAUCAGGUGUGCAGCCGAAUGCGAGCAGAAGGUGCGAGCUAUGGAAGAAUUGGAUAUCUGCUCCUCCAAAUUCAGCUUUACAAGAGCUGAAGAUACGGUUAAGCGACAACGAGACCGCAUGCUUUGCGAUGUACUUUUGGAUCAGGCUGUGCUGCCAGGAGUGGGAAAUAUCAUUAAAAAUGAAGCUCUCUUUGACAGUGGCUUACAUCCUGCUGUUAAGGUCUGCCAGUUGAGUGAUGAACAGGUCCAUCACCUUGUGAAAAUGACACGUGAUUUUACAGUCCUUUUUUACAAGUGCCGCAAGACAGGAGCAGCUAUAUACAAGCAUUUCAAAGUUUACAAGCAUCCUAAGUGCAGUCAGUGUAAAGGCUCAAUCACAGUGUGCCGUCUAGGUGAGAACAACAGGAUGACCUAUUUUUGUUCCUUUUGUCAAAAGAUAGAUCCUCGGCAGCUUGAUAUAAGUAAAUUGCCAUCAAGGAACAGUCUUAUUGGAUGGGCAUAUGGUGGUGGAAAUGAAAACCAUGACCUUGUUGCCAAGAAAGAAGAGGAGGAGUGGACCUGCAUACUUUGUACACUGAUCAAUAAACCUUCAGUAACAUCAUGUGAGGCCUGCCUAACUCCAAGACCUGAAGACAUCAAGCCUGAUACUUCAGAAGAUUUGGUGGCUUUCAAUAGUAACCUGGUGAAGUUCCCAUGCAACAACUUUUCAAAACCACAAAUGGAACUUAAGUUGAACAGAAAAACUGCAUUCGGCACUACAACACUGGUGUUAACAGAUUUAAGCAAUAAAUUCACAUUAGGGUUUAAUGAAUCUCCUGCAUCUCUCACGAAAAACUCCAAACAGUUGUCUGAGUGGAGGGCACCAUAUGAUUCUUCAGCAACAGAUAUUUGUACUGUUGUACAAAAUUAUCCACAAGAAUGGAGAACAGUGGGGCAGCAUAGUUUAUGCACUGCAAAUAGAGCAGACAACAGCCAAGACACUUGUAGGGAUACAGACGUUCUACAUCUCCAUUCAAUGAAAAAAAUGAAAAUGGACUGUUUGCCUUCAGGAGGAAAAGGUUAUCCAGGACCAUCAGCAAGCACAGAACGCAUUAAUAUAACAAAUGGAACUACUGCUGUAAAGUCUGGAAAUCCUCACUGCAGUAAACAUCACCUCCCCUCUGUCCUGAGAGUCGUGAGAAAGGAUGGAGAGAACAAGGGAAGACAGUUUUAUGUUUGUUCUCUACCCCAGGAAACUCAGUGCGAGUUCUUUGAAUGGGCUGAUUUGCACUUCCCUUUCUGCAAUCAUGGAAAACGUACUGUUAUGAGAACAGUAUUGAAGCUUGGCCCAAAUAAUGGACGGAACUUUUACGUUUGCCCUUUAGGACGGGAAAAACAGUGUAAUUUUUUUCAGUGGGCUGAGAAUGGAUCUGGAACCACAGCCAGUCCUGGACGCUGAUGUCCCUAUUCAUGUACACUUUGAUCUCAUUGGACAAAAAGUUGAACUGUUUGUGAGCAUGUACAUUUUGCUUCAGUUUUAUUUUAUUAUUUUGUAAAAUCAAUAAUUAAAUCUAUAAAUGUUAUUAAAUGUAUUUACAACGAAAUACAUCUUAAAAAACAACUCACAUUGGUAAUGCUGAUGUAUUAUGAUUGCUGCAAACUCUAGAGAAAUCAUUGUAUUAAAUCAUUUCUCUUGUGAUAAA